AUGUCUGACCAGGAGGCAAAACCUUCAACUGAGGACUUGAGGGAUAAGAAGGAAGGAGAGAACACUAAACUCAAAGUCAUCAGACAGGAUAGCAGUGAGAUUCACUUCGAAGUGAAAAUGAUGAUGCAUCACAAGAAACUCAAAGAAUCAUACUGUCAAAGACAGGGAGUUCCCAUGAAUUCACUCAGGUUUCUCUUUGAGGGUCAGAGAAUUGCUGAUAAUUACACUCCAAAAGAACUGGGAAUGGAGGAAGAAGAUGUGAUUGAAGUUUAUCAGGAACAAACGGGGGCAUUCAAUGGUUUAGAUAUUUUUAUUUUUUAUUCUUCUCCCUUAAUCCUUUUUUAUUUUUAAAAAUAGUUCUUUUGUAAUGUAGUGUUCAAAACAGAAUUGAAAACUGGCACCCCAUCUCUUUAAAACAUCUGGUAAUUUGAAUUCUAG